UCAUCGAAUUACAAUUAUUAAACUAUUUAAUUCAGACUAAACCCAAACACCACAAAGGCAGCAAUGAUCAAAGUGAUUUUAUUUUUGCUAACUUAUAUUACGGUGUUGGUUGCCGCUGGUAAAUAUGAUUGGCAUCCUGAAGAUCCCAAUGCCAUUCAUAGAAAGUGCAAAGGUGAUAAUCCCCUUCCGUCACAAACUUUAGAUGAUUUGCAAAAGGGCCAGAUAACCGAUUGUCCCGAGAUGCGCUCUCUCUUGUUGUGCACCGCCAAAGGAAUGAAUGUUUAUAGUAGUGAAAAAGGCUUUGAUCCUGAUCGGUUGGCCUACAGUUUGUAUAGAGCUUCAAAUCGCCAAUGCAAUCGUGAAUUGGUGCGCGAAUGUGUGGAACAAUACAAAAAUGUAGAGCCUGAGGAUGCCAUGAUCUUUAAAGUCAUCAAAUGUAUUGUUGAACAAGAGUGGGAUAAGAAAUACGAGGGACUUGCGCAUCCUACAUGGCAAGGAGGAUGUGAUUAAUAUUUGGAGACUAAAUUGAAAUAUUAAAAGCAUA